CUUGUUCCUGGAGACUCUGAUUCCUUCCAUUUCUACAACAAUUGAGACGUGUAGUCGUCCCACUCUAUCUGAUCAGCUCAGACAGUUUUUUUCGAUGCCGGGCAGUCUCUCUCUGCUUUCAAUGCCUUUGCAUUCGGUGACGAUCGUUCAUUUAUAUGGGACUCACAGGGGCAUCUAUUGACGCUGGCAUGAUCUCGCCAAGCUGACAAUGUCGCGGGACCUGUCUUUGCCCUGACCACUUUAUUGGGACCUUGGAGGCAGUGCGGAAAUGCCAGGGCUACCGAUCCCUCAUAUAAGGGACAAGAGCUGAACGAACCAUUCUCACUUCAUUCCAAACGUUGAAGAUGGGUGUGUUCCAUAUUGCUCGCAUUAUCGUGCUGGCCCUGUUGGUGGUAUUCUCACUCAUCGUCAUGAGCCUGUCCGGCCAUCUCAUCUCCCUCACCGAGCAAUAUUACGCGUUUUACUUUGUAUUUUGCGCGCUAGGUAUUGCCACGGCCGUGUUGACCAUCUUUACUGUCCCAGUCAUGCUCAUAGUCGAUGUCGUUCGUCGUGGAGCGUUCACGUCGAUGAUUAUUGUUGAGUUGAUCUGGUUGUCUAUCUUGUGGGUCUUGUGGGUAGCGACAGCCGCGGAAGCGGUUUCCGCUGGCAACAUUUCCUUCCCAUCAGGAUGCGUGUAUGAGAACUAUGCUACCCUUAACGGAGCCUGUCGCGAAAUCCAAGCUGUUGAGGCUUUCUCUUUCCUCGCCUUCUUUGUUUUGUUGGGAUACACCAUCGUCUUGCUCGUGUUUACUUGCAUCGCUGCCUCGCGGGGCAAUUCACUCUGGCUGAAAUCCGUCAAGGACAGCAGGUUCCUUGCGCCUUCGCCAACAGCACCUCCGCCACCGCAGCCCAUGGGCCAGUAUCAAGGAACCCCGGCUGGUCAGUACCAGGUACCGGUACAACAACCUCAAUACACGGGUGUAUCUGGCCAACAUCAGUAUACUCACUCGCCUGCUUCGUCUCAUCCUCAGCAGCCAUACUACCCUCAGACGGGUGCUGUCUAAGUUUCCGAUGAAUGAAGGUGUUGCAGGAUUUCUUGCUCUUUUGGGGUUGGAGGUAGCUUUAGUAAUAUUUAUUGGUGCUGUUGUGUUUCCGAGUAUUACCUAUUCGGGGUAAAUCUACUUUGCUAUUGUUAGGAAAUAUUUGACUAGCGGAGUUACGGAAAUAGCCGAUUGCCGUGUCGAACGAUCCAUCAGUUGACAGAACUUGAAGCUGCCCCGCCCCAGCCUGCCAGCGUGGUGUUUCAGCUUUCAGGUCCAAACAUCAACUCUUUACCAAAACUCUUUUUCCUUUCUUUUUGUCCCCGUCGCCGUCGUUGAGGACGGUGUCUGUACACCCCAGCUCCAUUUUACAGCACUUCCCGGCACUAUCCGACGUAUUUCACAGAUCUCACGCUCUCCUUCUGACGUCCAUCUUUCUUUGGUUGACAAAAUAUUGCAAGGUU